AGGCGGGCGGGCGGGCGCCUUCCUUCCUUCCUUCCUCGUUCUCCUCAGGCCUCGCCUCCCUCCCUCCCUCGCUCGCUCGCUCGCUCGCUCCCCGCUUCCCUGCCCGCGCGAGGGGCGAGGCGGGGAGGAUGCUGCGGUGCAUGCCGCCCCUGUGGCGGUGCAACCGGCAGGUGGAGGCGCUGGACCGGCGGCACUGCUCGCUCCAGGCCGUGCCCGACGACGUCUUCCGCUACAGCCGCUCCCUCGAGGAGCUCCUCCUCGACGCCAACCAGCUCCGGGAGCUGCCCAAGCCUUUCUUCCGGCUCCUGAACCUGCGGAAACUGGGCCUGAGUGACAAUGAGAUCCAGCGCCUGCCUCCGGAGGUGGCCAACUUCAUGCAGCUGGUGGAGCUGGACAUCUCCCGCAAUGACAUCCCGGAGAUCCCGGAGAGCAUCAAGUUCUGCAAGUCCCUGGAGAUCGCCGACUUCAGCGGGAACCCCUUGUCCAGGCUCCCCGAGGGUUUCACGCAGCUGCGCAGCCUCUCCCACCUGGCCCUGAACGAUGUCUCCCUGCAGCACCUGCCCAGCGACAUUGGCAAUUUGGCCAACCUGGUGACCCUGGAGCUGCGCGAGAACCUGCUGAGGUCCCUCCCAGCGUCCCUCUCGUUCCUGGUCAAGCUGGAGCAGCUGGACCUCGGGGGGAAUGACCUGGAAGUUCUGCCGGACACGCUGGGCGCCCUGCCGAACCUCAGGGAGCUCUGGCUGGACAGGAACCAGCUCUCCUCGCUGCCCCCCGAGCUGGGGAACCUGCGGCGCUUGGUCUGCCUGGACGUCUCGGAGAACAAGCUGGCGCAUCUUCCGGGCGAGAUCUGUGGCCUGGUGGCCCUGACCGACCUUCUCCUGUCCCAGAACCUGCUGGAGUCCAUUCCGGACGGCAUCGGUCAGUUGAAGCAGCUCUCCAUCCUGAAAGUGGACCAGAACCGGCUGGUGGAGCUGACCGAAGCCAUUGGAGACUGCACAAACCUCUCGGAGCUCAUCCUCACCGAAAACCUGCUGCCGGCCCUGCCCAAGGCCCUGGGGAAGCUGACCAAGCUGACCAACCUCAACGCGGACCGGAACCGGCUGGUGGCCCUCCCCCCGGAGAUCGGCGGCUGCAGCAGCCUCAACGUCCUCUCUCUGCGCGACAACCGCCUGGAGCUCCUCCCCGCGGAGUUGGCCGGCACCACGGAGCUCCACGUCCUGGACGUGGCCGGGAACCAGCUGCAGCACCUGCCCUUUGCGCUGACCAGCCUCAACCUGAAGGCGCUCUGGCUGGCCGAGAACCAGUCGCAGCCCAUGCUCAAGUUCCAGACGGAGGACGACGAGAAGACCGGCCAGAAAGUGCUGACCUGCUACCUCCUGCCCCAGCAGCCCUCCCCCAGCCUCGAGAACCUCCUGCAGAGCAGCGUGGACGACAGCUGGACGGACACCAACCUCAACCGGGUCAGCGUGAUCCAGUUCAUGGACGACCCCAAAACGGGCGAGGAGGAGGACGAAGACGAAGCGGGGGCAGAAAGGAGGGGCCUGCAGCGGAGGGCGACCCCGCACCCCAGCGAGCUGAAGUCCAUGAAGAAGGUGAUGGAGGGCCGGCGCAGCGAGGCCAAGACGGCGGCCGGGAGGGGGGACCUUGGUUCAGAGAAGCGCCACAGCGCGACUUCCAACCGCAGCGAGGACUCGCGCCUCUCCGGCAGCACCGUCUCCACCAGCGGCCACCCCGAGGAGGAGGAAGACGAGGCGGCGCCAGUGGCAUCGAGAGGGGGCAACGAGGGGACGGGGGGCCCCGGGGCCGAGGAGAAGGGGCGGCCGCAGCAGGAGCUGGCUGUGCUGCAGGAGGCGGCAACGGGCCAAGAGGAGGAGGAGGAGGAGGAGGAGGAAGAUGAAGCAGAGUACAACGAGCCCACGGUGCACUUUGCGGAAGGCAUCCGCGGCGGAGAGGAGGACGAGGAGGAGGAGGGCGAGCGGGGUCCCGGGGAGGAGGAGCCCCCCUUCCCAGCGGGGAAGCAGCGCCUGAUCCGCAAGGACACCCCCCACUACAAGAAGCACUUCCGGAUCGCACAGCUGCCGCGGCCGGAGGCGGUGGUGGCCCUCCUGCAGGGCCUGGGUGCGGACGGGGGGCCCCGCGAGGAGGAGGAGGAGGAAGAAGAGGAAGAAGAAGAGGAAGAGGAAGAAGAGGAGGAGGAGCAGGAGGAGGAAGAGCCAGAGAGGGCACCGGAGGAGGAGGAGGAGGAGGAGCAGCCCCUGCGGAAGGCCUGGGAGGCGGCAGAGGAGGAGGAGGAGGCCCGGGUCGGGACCCCCACCGCUCCCCCCUCGGUCAAGGGGGUGUCGUUUGAUCAAGCCAAUAACCUGCUGAUUGAACCUGCUCGCAUUGAGGAGGAAGAGCUGACCCUGACCAUCGUGCGCCAGACCGGGGGGCUGGGCAUCAGCAUUGCGGGGGGCAAGGGCUCCACCCCCUACAAGGGGGAUGACGAGGGCAUCUUCAUUUCCCGGGUCUCUGAGGAGGGUCCGGCUGCACGUGCAGGGGUCCGAGUGGGGGACAAGCUCUUGGAGGUGAACGGCGUGUCUCUGCAUUGUGCCGAGCACCACUUGGCGGUGGAGGCCUUGCGGGGGUCCGGCAGCACCGUCUCCAUGACCGUCCUGCGGGAGCGAAUGGUGGAGCCCGAGAACGCCGUGACGGUGACCCCGCUGCGCCCCGAGGACGACUACAGCCCCCGGGAGCGGAGGGGGGGCCUGCAGUUCCCCGAGCGGCCGGACGGGGACGGACCCCCCACGGAGCGCCUCUCCGCCUGCCUCACGCGCAACGAGCGCGGCCUGGGCUUCAGCAUCGCGGGCGGCAAGGGCUCCACCCCCUACCGGACGGGGGACACGGGGAUCUUCAUCUCUCGGAUCGCGGAGGGCGGCGCGGCCCACCGGGACGGGACCCUGCGAGUGGGAGAUAGGGUCAUCCUGCCUUCUUUGGAGGGGGGCUGCCUCUCUGCCCAGCCGCCUCGGCAAGAGCAAGUGGGGCUCCGGCGGGGUAAGCCCCGAGACGGCCUGAUCAAUGGGGUGGACAUGACGGAAGCCAGGCAUGACCAGGCCGUAGCGCUGCUUACCGCCGCCUCCCCCUCCAUUGCCCUCCUGGUUGAGAGAGAGGCUGCCUCUGCCGCCGCUCCGGCGUCUCUUCCGGGCGAGGGGCCCCCCGCUGCUCCCCAGGGGCCCCGUGCCCAGCGGGCCCCCUCCCCGCCCCCGGCACUGACCGCCCACCGAGGGAGCCCCGCCGAGGAGGAGGACGAAGACGAGGAGGAGGACGGGGUGCCCAGACAGCGGCACCGGCGGACCCACGCCCUCGAGGGCCAGUUCCCGGUGGAGGAGGUGUGCCUCGUCAAAGCCGGGGGGCCUUUGGGGCUGAGCAUCGUGGGGGGCAGCGACCACUCCAGCCACCCCUUCGGCAUCCACGAGCCAGGGGUCUUCAUCUCCAAGGUGAUCCCCCAGGGCCUGGCCUCCCGGAGCGGGCUGCGUGUUGGGGACCGGAUCCUGGAGGUGAAUGGCGUGGAUUUGCGACACGCAACGCAUCAGGAGGCCGUCAGCGCCUUGCUCUCCUCGGCCCAGGAGCUGCAGAUGGUGGUCCGGAGGGACCCUCCCCCGCCCGGCAUGGAGGAGAUCUGCAUUGAGAAGCGUCCGGGGGAGAAGCUGGGCAUCAGCAUCCGCGGGGGGGCCAAGGGCCACGUGGGGAACCCCUUCGACCCCACGGACGAGGGCAUCUUCAUCUCCAAGGUCAGCUCGGCAGGGGCGGCGGCACGCGACGGGCGGCUGCGUGUGGGGCUGCGCAUCCUGGAGGUGAACCACCAGAGCCUCCUGGGCAUGACGCACACGGAGGCCGUGCAGGUCCUGCGCAGCGUGGGAGACGCCCUCCUGGUCCUGGUCUGCGAGGGCUUCGACCCCAAGGCCGUGGCCGCCAUGGAGAUGUCUCCCGGGAUCAUCGCCAACCCCUUCGCGGCCGGGAUCGGGCGCAAGAACAGCCUGGAGAGCAUCUCCUCCAUUGACCGGGACCUCAGUCCAGAGGAGCUGGACAUCCUCCAGAAGGAGAUGGAGAUGGUCAGGGAGACCGCCCAGUGGGAGAGGGAACAGGCUGAGGAAGCGGAACGGAUGCGCAAGGAGCGAGAGUCGGCCGCACGCCUCGCAGCAGAAGAGGCGGAGGAGGCGAGUGCGCAGCCCCUCCGCCUGGAUUACCGGACCCUGGCGGCGGUGCCCAGCAGUGGCCUCCCGAACAGCGUGCGCAGCGGCCCCAGCAGCAGCCGGCCCCCUUGCGACAUGGAGGAGGCGGAGGGGGAGGCGCCGAGCCUGGUGGACUCGCAGCCCAUCCCCUUCAGCGCCAACCCUUUUGUGCUGGCCAACCGGAAGGGCGGGGCGCGCCUGGGGGGCCCUCCCCUCGGCUACGGAAAGGGGGGCGUCCUGAAGACCAGCCUCUGCGCCAAGGUGCCCGUACCUGGGGAAGGUGAAGCAGGAGCCUGGAGGGAGCCCCCUGGUGGCGGCAGCAGUGCCAGCAGCGCCCAGCAGCCGCCGGCCUCCGCGGCCCCCCUCCGGCCUGUCCACCUGGUGGGCAGAGAGACCCGUUUUGCCUCGGUCCACUUUGUCCCUGCUCAGAGCGAGAACAAGCCGACCAAGCCGGGGACCAUCCAGCCCAUCUCCCGCCUGCGACCGGGGCCCGGCCUGUCCCCCGGGGCCGAUGGACGGGAGGGCGGCCCCAACCCCUUCCAGCCGCCGGAGGGGCCCCGCUCCAGCGCCCAGAGCUCCCCUCGGUCGCCACGACCCCCACCUUCGCCGGAUGAAGCCACACCGGUCAGUGCCAAGCAGGUCUACAAGGCCUUUGCGGCCGUCCCUGUCCCUCACUUGUUCCUGGAGACGGAGGACGCAUCGGGCCAGAAGGGAACAGAGAAGGCCCAGCUUGCCCCCUGUGAGGCACCGUCUCCGGGGGGUCUCCACAGCCCCGAGCAGCGUUCCUUCCGCGAGAGGCAGAAGUACUUUGAGGUGGAGCUGAAGCAGCCCCCGCCGGCCGAGAAGCCCCCCAAGAGGGUCUCCCUGGUCGGGGAGGACGACCUGAAGAAGAUGAAGGAGGAGGAAGCGCGGAAGCUGCAGCAGAAGCGGGUGCAGAUGCUGGAGGAGGAGGAGGAGGAGGAGGAGGAGGAGGAGGAAGGCCUGGGGAGGGGGAGGCACGGGCCCCCCGACGCGGACCCCCCGUCCAGCAUCUUCAUCGAAGGGAUUGAGUACAAGGUGGAGAGGCUCAUGCCAACGCCGACACCCUCAGCGGCAGCAGCGGCAGCAGCAGCCUCUCGGCUGAGCCCCCCCUUUGCGAGGGCGGGGGAGUCAGGCCCACCGGUGCGGACGGCCAAGGCGGAGCGGAGGCACCAGCAGCGGCUGCGCAUGCAGAGCCCAGAGCUGCCGCCCCCCGGAUCCGGCGAAGAGGAGGCGCUCUCCCCGGCCGAGCGGAGGGCCCUGGAGGCCGAGAAGAGGGCCAUGUGGAGGGCUGCGCGGAUGAAGUCUCUGGAGCAGGACGCGCUGAAGGCCCAGAUGGUCAUUGCCAAGUCCAAGGAGGGCCGCAAGCGGGGGACCCUGGAGCAGCUGGCCGAGUCCCCCUCCCCCGCCCCCACCCCCUCCCCAACGCCCCCCGAGGAGUGCAGCUCCCGGAUCGUGGCCUCCCCUGGACGGCUGUCUGUGCCUGAAAAGAAGUUUCUCUACAGAGAAUUCGCGGCCAUCCCUUCUUCCAAACCUGUUUAUGACAUCCAGACGCCGGACCUUGGGGACGCCUGCAGAUCCCUCCUGAACAACGGGAGCCGUUGCAGCAGCAGCCCAGUGGGUCCGAAGGAGGAGGCCUUGACCGCCGCGCGCCCCCCUGCGGCGUCUCCUCGGGAGGAGGCCGGGCUCUUCGGGGGUCAGCGCGGCCUGGGACACGCUCCGCAGACGCAGCAGCGCAGCCUGGAGGCCCCCGCCGUCCCCACAUAAGGGGCCAGCCCCUCCCUCCCUCUCAGGGGGGCUCCGAGGAAGACCACCCCCCGUGUGGGGCUCAGGCUCCGUGGGCAGCGUGGGCGAGGGCCAGCCAGGCCUCUGGACACUGGACAGCGCAAGCACACACCUGGGUGGGGGGAGUGUCUGACCUUUUCUCCCCCUCCAGGCCGUGGGGCAGUAGCAGCGUGUACAUACUUUGGGGGCAGCCACAGAGGGCGAGGGUUGCCAAAGGGCGCCUUGACCCUCGCCUGCUUUCCUUCCGUGGGGCUCCUCUGGCGGCACGAGGGGGGGCCGGCCAAUGGUGGGCCCAGCCGUGGUCUGCCAAUGGCCAUUGCCUUCUGCCCACUGGGCCGGUGGGGCGACCGGAAGGAGCGGGGGGCUAGCUGGGUAGAGCAGUCUUGAGCAGGACGGGGGGCGGUGGUCUAGAUGGGUGUAGUGCGUGAGUGAGGGGCCGUGGGGCAGAGGGACAGGGGCCCCAGAGGACCCUCUCCUGGCCCCACGGCUUCCUUACCCCAAAAUGGUAGUGAGUGACGGCUUCCCUUUGGGGGGGGGGGGAAUAGAUGGGUGCCCCUCCCCCUCGGUGGGCGGCCAUUUUAGCAGGAGUUGUUGUUGUUGUGGGGGGUUUUAGGCGGGGGCUUCCUCCUCCGGCUGCGCGGGGGCCGCUUCUUCGCCGACGACGACUGACCGUUAGAGCUUCUUGAUUUUAACCUGAUUUUAGCGUUUGUUUUAAUGAGCAAUGGGGGGCGAUCAGGCGGGGUGUGGGCGCUGGCUGACUAACUUAUGACUUCCUGGGUGCUGGGCGGUGGCCCCGGGGCCCCUCUGCCCCCCCCUCCCAAGAGGGGCCCCGGCGGACACCCAGACUGUAACUAGCAACAUUUGUACAACCAAAGAGAUCUAUUUUGUGGUUCAAGGACAAUAAAAGUUUACUUUACA